AGAGAAGGGGAGUGGGCAAUUGGAAGCCGUAUGCGUUUGUGCCGCUUCGCCGUCGCUCUCCCGCGUUCUGCGUCGUGCCCGCGCGCAAGUUAGCGAAAGGAUGGAGGUGAUGAGGCAUGCCUCUACUUUCCUUCUCCCUCCUUCGUCUCCACCUACGGGCGACGGCCCCGCGAUAACUUACGCCUUGGUGGUCCUCAACCAGCGCCUCCCCCGCUUCGCCCCUCUCCUCUGGAGUCGCGCACAGCUGCGGGUUUGUGCGGACGGAGGGGCGAAUCGGAUCUUCGACGGGAUGCCGGAGCUCUUUCCCGAUCAAGAUCCAUUGGACGUUCGACUCAGGUACAAACCUGAUGUAAUUAAAGGCGACAUGGAUUCUAUAAGAGCUGAUGUGAAAGAGUUUUAUUCCAAUUUGGAGGUCAAAAUAGUUGAUGAGUCCUAUGAUCAAGACACUACGGAUCUGCACAAGUGUAUAGCUUUUAUCUGCAGCAGCACACCUGACCCAGAGAAAUCUAAUCUAUGCAUCCUCAUUCUGGGAGCACUUGGAGGAAGGUUUGAUCAUGAAGUUGGAAACAUCAAUGUUCUAUAUCGGUUUUCAAACAUCCGGAUUAUUCUUCUAUCAGAUGAUUGCUUGAUUUAUCUUCUCCCAAAGACACAUCGCCAUGAAAUCCACAUCCAAUCAUCUGUUGAAGGGCCACACUGUGGUCUGAUCCCGGCUGGUGCACCUUCCACUAGUACCACCACCACUGGUCUGCAGUGGGAUCUAAUGGACAAGAAUGUUGAUGAAGUUGAUGAUUCAAUUAUUGUUCGCUUAUUUCAAGCUUUGGCAGUUCCUGUUAUUGGGAAUGCUUGUCAUGUCUUUAUGCAUGGGCUGAACUGUGUUCAGAUAUAUGGUGCAGAAAAAUUACACCAGGCAUUACUAGGAAGACCUGAAGGCAAACCCCUUAUAACGGUUAGCAAUCAUGUGGCCUCUGUUGAUGACCCACUUGUGAUUGCAUCUCUACUUCCACCAAGUGUUAUGUUAGAUGCCCGCAAUUUAAGAUGGACGCUAUGUGCAACCGACCGUUGUUUUACGAAUCCAGUGUUGUCAGCAUUCUUCCGGUGUGUCAAAGUUUUACCUGUUUCACGUGGUGAAGGUAUUUACCAAAAGGGAAUGGAUAUGGCUCUGUCCAAGCUAAACAAUGGUGGGUGGGUUCAUAUAUUUCCAGAAGGCAGUCGCUCUAGGGAUGGUGGAAGAACCAUCGGUUCUGCCAAGAGAGGGGUUGCAAGGUUGGUGAUGGAUGCAGAUAGUACUCCUAUGGUUGUUCCCUUUGUCCACACUGGGAUGCAAGAAAUCAUGCCUAUAGGAGUGCACUUUCCAAAGAUCGGCAAGAAGGUGACAGUGCUGAUCGGUGAUCCAAUUGCUUUUGAUGAUUUGGUCCUUGAUAAGGAUGAUGCUCAGCAUGACUCCAGAGGAAUUCUAUAUGAUGCUGUGUCAUCAAGGAUUGGUCAAAGACUCCAAGAGCUCAAAGUCCUGGUCGACAGAUUAUCUCUGGAACAGCCAUUAGAAGUUCAAGAAUAUUAUAUACAUAAUAGCGAACGCGGAUAUGGAAUUUGGCAGCAGGUUGAUUGGGAAGCUUUUGGCAUGGGAAACUUCAUGCUAUCAGAGGAAGAGACUAAGUUUGUUAAGCGACCAAGUCCCGAACAAACAGUGCAGAAUGUUGAUCAGCCCCAGAAGCUCGACCUUUCUCCUCGAACCGUCAGGGUGGGAUUCUCGUAUGAAGGUGGUAUCGUCUCCAGAAUUCGUGGGUUUAUGAACCCAACUGAUCUCAUGGGGUUUGCUGCUAGAGGCUUGUUUAUGAACGGCAGGACACUGGAUGAAAGCUGUCUAAGCGUCCAAGAAGUGGGUCUUAAGGCCUGGAAACACUUCCUUGAAGGACAUAUAUUCCAGCAAUGGAAUAGCAUGUGAUUGUAGGUUCUCAAUUUUGCAAAAAGCUGGUAAACUUGAGCCUGAAAAAAUGGGUCGCUUGUUUGAUAAUAUUUUCUUGCGGGGAAGGCCUGUGUCAUGUGUUAGUUUCCACCAUAUCUCCUCUAAUAACUUGUUUUGUAUUUUCAAUCCUAUGCUCUAGUGACAGAUUAGCUCUCAGCUUCAGGAUCGACCUUGUCCUCCUCAACCAAAAUGUGAACUUCCUUCUCAGCCUCAAUCCAACUCAUCACUAUCAUUUUUGGCUGCAAAUUUUCUCAUCUCCAAAUUACCAUGAAUGCUACAUGCCCCAAGUAAUGGUUGCCAAAGAAGAAGACUAGGCUCUACAGGCAAGUCCUCUAUGAAUCUUCUUGUGUCCUUCCAAGAGUCCUGCACGCUGGAACCCAGCAUGUCGCCCCCACAUGCAUGGUGUUCCAUCCUGGGGGUGAUCCCCUAAUCCACUUUUUGUCAACGGAUGCUGUUAUUAUACGCGUAGUCUCUGAAGGUUGAGACCUAACUAUAUAGCAUCUAUAUUGAUAAUUCAAGCAUUGUAUAUCAAUCAAAUCAGAAUUUCUUUAUAAAAGAAACAUUCUCAAU